AUGGCUUCUCAUCACGUCCUUCUUCUCGGUGGUCAUGGCAAGAUCGCCCAGCUUCUUACUCCUCUCCUACUGAAACGCUCAUGGACUGUCACCAGCGUCAUCCGUACUGCAGAACAGACCCCCGCCAUUGAACAGCUUGGGGCCGGCCUCCCCGGUAAACUCAAUGUUCUUGUGCGUAGCAUUGAGGAUAUCGAUUCCCGGGACAAGGCUCUUGGAGUCUUGAGCGAAGUCCAACCUGAUUAUAUUGCUUGGAGUGCAGGCGCUGGAGGCAAAGGUGGCGCUGAAAAGACUUUCAAGGUGGACCGAGAUGCUGCCGUUCACCUCAUCGAAGCCGCAGCUUCUGUGCCCAGCAUCACAAAGUUUCUUCUUAUCUCAUACCUUGGCUCACGUCGCGCUGGUGCCUCGUGGUGGCCCGCCGGCGAGUGGGAUGACUUCCACGAGAAGGUUAACAACGGUGUUCUAUCAAACUACUACAAGGCCAAGAUUGAGGCCGACGAAGUUCUUUACAAGAUCUCCAAAAAGAGCCCUUCCCUCGUUGGUAUCAACCUUCGACCUGGAACCCUAAACGAUAAGCCCGCCACAAAGGUCGAGCUUGGAAAAACCAAGCACGUCUCUUCCCCUGACGGCAUUAGCCGAGAAGCUGUAGCUGAGGUUGCCUCACAUCUUCUUGCUGCCAAUGGUGUGAAGAACGGAUGGUAUGAUCUACUUGAUGGUGACGAGGAUAUUCCUGCUGCUGUUGAUAGGGUCGUUAGAGAAGGCGUGGAUGCUGCCCAGGGCGAAGCCAUCUACAACGUUUAA